CGGUGUUUCCGUUGCCUGGCGCAGGGUCCGCGCUGCCUCCCGGAGCUUCUUCUGCCAGCAUCGGUACCCUUCCCUGCGCCUGGCCGCCCCGCGCCCGCCGCUCGCCGGGACUUUCGCACGCUCGCGCGCCUCAGUCCGGUCCGGCAUCACUUCCCCGAGCUGAGCCGUCGCCAUGGCACCGGUUCUCAAAGGCACGGUGGCUGACUUUCCUGGAUUUGAUGAGCGGGCUGAUGCAGAAGCUCUUCGUAAGGCCAUGAAAGGCCUGGGCACUGAUGAGGAGAGCAUUCUGACUCUGCUGACAUCCCGAAGUAACGCGCAGCGCCAGGACAUUGCUGGGGCCUUCAAAACUCUAUUUGGCAGGGACCUUUUGGAUGACCUGAAAUCAGAACUGACUGGAAAAUUUGAAAAACUAAUUGUGGCUCUGAUGAAACCUUCUCAGCUGUAUGAUGCUUAUGAGCUGAAGCAUGCUCUCAAGGGAGCUGGGACAGAUGAAAAAGUACUAACAGAAAUUAUUGCUUCAAGGACUCCUGAGGAACUGAGAGCCAUAAAACAAGUUUAUGAAGAAGAAUAUGGCUCAAGCCUGGAAGAUGACGUGACUGGGGAUACUUCUGGGUUCUACCAGCGGAUGUUGGUGGUUCUCCUUCAGGCUAAUAGAGACCCUGAUGCUGGAAUUGAUGAAGCACAGGUUGAACAAGAUGCUCAAGCUUUGUUUCAGGCUGGAGAACUUAAAUGGGGGACAGAUGAAGAAAAGUUUAUCACCAUCUUUGGAACACGAAGUGUGUCGCAUUUGAGAAGGGUGUUUGAUAAAUACAUGACUAUAUCAGGAUUUCAAAUUGAGGAAACCAUUGACCGAGAGACUUCUGGUAAUUUGGAGCAACUACUCCUUGCUGUUGUGAAAUCUAUUCGAAAUAUACCUGCCUACCUUGCAGAGACCCUCUACUAUGCUAUGAAGGGAGCUGGGACAGAUGAUCAUACCCUCAUCAGAGUCGUGGUUUCCAGGAGUGAGAUUGAUCUGUUCAACAUUAGGAAGGAGUUCAGGAAGAAUUUUGCCACCUCUCUUUAUUCUAUGAUUAAGGGUGACACGUCUGGGGACUAUAAGAAAGCUCUCCUGCUGCUCUGCGGAGGAGAAGACGACUGACGUGCCGCGUGGAGAGAGGCCUGCGCAGUGCCUGCCAGCCCCCCACAGCACCUUCCGUAUGCCCGUGCUUGUCCUGCUGCCUCAUUCAUACUAGCAUGCUAAUGACCAAAAUGUACAUGUUAUAGAGGAAAACUGUGGUGCUGCUUCCUGAUCCUCAAUUUAAGUUCUCUCUUUGUUGUGUAGUUCUCAAGUGUAGUUACGUUGCCGAGUCUAAAGUCUGUGUCAUUUAUAUUUUAAGAGGUCAGACUGCUUUUACCUUCUUAAAAAACUUCAUUUACAUUAAAUUGAUAACCAUAUAACCUUAAUUAGAACCUUAGCCUUGAAAUUAUAAACUCUUGGAGUUUUAUUAACCAAGUUUGCUACUAUUUUAAACCUGAAAAAUUAUGGUGGCUGCUCAAAAGAUAAUGAGAAAUAAACAUUUACUUUCCCUUGA